UUCGAAUAAUAUGAUUGAUGUGUUUGAGAAAUUCUAUAAUCAUUAAUAAAGCGCAACUUGUAAAUUACAACUGUGUAAGUGUUAUACUUAUGUCUCAAAGAAGUAAAGUAAUACAACUGUAUAAAACGCUUUUGUAUAUGGGGCGUGAUUAUCCAAAAGGUUAUGAAUAUUUCAGAGUGAGAUUGAAAAAAGCUUUUGAUAAGAAUAAAGAAGAACGUAAUCCUGAGAAAAUAGAUAAAAUGAUAGCACAUGGUAAUUUUGUUAUUAAAGAAUUGGAAGCUUUAUAUAUGCUACGCAAGUACAGAGCAUUAAAAAAUAGAUAUUAUAAUCAACCCUAACCAAAAUUAAAACUAUUAUAAAUAUUAUUGUGUACUAUAUUA